CUCAGCCAGUGAGCAACAACGCUUCGCCCGCCUCCGGUCUACGCUUGGCCUCCUCCCUCUUCGCUUGAAGUGUAAGCAUUGCGGGCGCCGAAAAGCAGCACCCGGGCCGAGAGAAAUACUGAACUGAACUUGUGUAUGGACACAGCGCCCGCCAUGUGGCAGAGCCAAUAUGUGACUGCUAUACAGCUGGCCGGCUUCCGCCAAUACAAGUACAUUGCUGUGGAUACAAAUCCUUUAUCUGUCUAUGUUAUGCAACCAUUAUGGGAAAGGAUUGUGAAGAUACUGCCCUUGUGGAUUGCUCCUAAUCUUUUAACCAUCACUGGAUUUGUGAUUAUUUUAAUUCAUUAUUUUGUAUUAUCCUUUUAUGACUGGGACUACACAGCAGCAGGUUCCAGUCCUGAGUUGAUUCCAACAUGGGUUUGGAUUUUUGGUGCUUUUAGCACCUUUUGUGCUUAUGCUUUAGAUUCCAUUGAUGGAAAGCAUGCCCGAAGGACUAGGUCCAACACCCCUCUGGGAGAGUUAUUUGACCAUGGGCUGGACAGCUGGGCUUCCUCAGUUAUUACUCUCUCCGUUUUUUCUAUCCUCUCACGUGAUAAUGGGAAAGUUGGCACUUCUGUCUCCACUAUGUAUUUAUGUUUAUGUGUUAUCUUGCUAAAUUUUAUGCUUUCACACUGGGAAAAAUACAAUACAGGAAUCCUUUUCCUUCCAUGGAGCUAUGAUAUAAGCCAAGUGGUUAUAGUAGGCCUGUAUUUGGUGACUGCUGCUUUUGGAGUAGAAGUUUGGCACACACCUUUUAUAUUUGGUUACUAUCUGACGGAUACUUUAAUAAUGCUUAUUAUAGUCUGCUGCAUAUUUCUUUCUCUUCCACAGAUGCUCUACAACAUUCACAUAGCCUACAGAAAGCAAGCACUGUUGAAGGAUUCAUUGUAUGAAGGACUCCUCCCACUAUUCUCCCCUAUGCUGCUUUUUGCACUCCUCACCAUCUGGGUGGCUCUCUCGCCAUGCCAGAUAUUAGUGAAGCAAACUAGACUGUUCUUAUGGAUGACUGGAGUUUUGUUUUCCAAUGUUAUGUGCAGAAUGAUAAUUUGCCAGAUGACUAACACCAGAUCUGAAGUGCUUCACUGGCUUCUCGUUCCAUUAGCUGUCAUGGUUUGUACAGCAACAGCUGGAUUUCAGGGUAGACUGGAAGAACCAAUACUUGCUGCCUUUGCUGUCCUUGCCACAGCUGCUCAUGUGCACUAUGGAAUUUGUGUGGGCAAACAAUUGAGUCAACAUUUCAACAUCUACAUCUUUUCUUUGAAGAAACGCAUUCAAGAAUGAAUGCAGUGUCUACAGGAUCAAUACUACCAGACUUCACAUUUCUGUAGUACAGAAAUAAAGAGCAAAAAUCUCUUGAUUAAAGAACCAGACUAUGAGAAGAGGAGUUUCAACUGAAGCAACAACUUGCACAUCAGGAGUUGUAAUGGAAAGUGUUUAUUUAAGCAUAUUCUUCCCAUGUCAUUUUACAGUACUGUAAACCAUCACCCCCUUGACUCCCUCCUUUUGCUCUAAUUUUCUCCAACAACUGUUUCUUUUUACUCAAAGACCGGAACCAGUCUUCUUGAAAGAUAUUUCAAGAAUUCCUUCUCCUCCUCCCAAUGCCAUGACGACUAAUUAACUUUUACCAUACAGGCAGGUUGGUGGUAGGGAUGCUUAGGGAAGCACCAAACUGGCUCGGGUGUCCACAGCCGAACCACUUUGGUGUAGCAGGGAGUGGUUCCCUUAAGCAGCAGGUAAGCAGGUCCUUACCUGCUCGGUUGCUACACUGGUGCUUUUCCGAGUGUGGUGCUUGCUCUACCAAAGGCUAUGUGCGAUUGCAGUGUUGUUCCCUGUAGCCUGUGCAUAGCGUUGGCUGCUGCAGUGGGGCAGAUGGCUGCUGCAGUGGGGCAGCAGCAGAGCAGGUAAGGACCUCCUUGCUUGCUUUUUAAGGGAACUGCUCUAUGCCCUGCCCAGAGCUGCCCAAGCCUGUUCAGGCACAUCCCUAAAUGGUGGCUAUUCUUAUUUGUUUAAAUCCUCUGAUACCCAGGCUGUGUCUGACCUAUCUUCCUUCUAGAAGCUUCUCCCACAUCCUCCUUUUUCUUCCUGGCAACAUUUUCUCUUCUGUACUUCUCCAAAGGCCAUACUCUCCAAAGGGAUGCCAAUUCCUUUCUAGUGACAGUCUCCCCCCCAUACUUCUCCAUGUUUCAUAACAAGUUACCCUAGGGAAGCAAAAGGAAAAGCAGAAAGAAAUGCUACAUGCCUCACAAAGCAUUGUAUUUUCUGUCUCUGUUAGGGAAUUUAAACAUUAGUUUACCAGUGUUUAUACCCAUUGAAACCUUGGCCUUCCUCUCAAUGGGCCCAUAGCAAUCACCCAAAUGUACAAGUUUCCCCCUCCAAUAUGAAUUGCUGAGCUUUAUUCCCAUUUUUCAUGCUGGUCGCUGACCAAAAUAAAGAGAUUGAUUGAUUGA